GAAUUUUCUAUGACAACUUUUAUUUAUUUUUCGCUAUAUUUAUUUUCUGUGAUAUUUAUGUAUUUACUGUAUUCGACGUCAUUCAUUUCACAAAGAAGAAAACGACUCCUUAUCACCAAAAUCCCUCUCUAACCAAAACGCAUUGUACAGAAAUUCCAGACCCAAAGCCAAUUCAAUACCAGAUGACCUGCAGUGAGCACCAGGUCUACAAGCGCUGUGAGACCUGUGCCAAGACCUGCAGUAACCCAAACCCUAAAUGUCCUACCCCUUGUGCCAUGGGGUGCUUCUGUGAAGAAGGUUACGUCCAGUCCCCCAAUGGCCAAUGCGUCAAGUUAGAAGACUGUCCAAAAGCUGAAGUAAUGGUGGGUCCAAUAGCCCAUGAUUAUCAAGAGCCUUCAAUCGAGGACUGUGCCCCUGAUGAGGAGUACUUCUCCUGCGGCUGGUGUGAACCAAGCUGUUCCAACCCAUCGCCAUCCUGCCCCAUCAAAGUGUGCACUCGAGGAUGUCUCUGCCGACCUCAUUUGCUAAGGCACCAUAGUGGACACUGCGUUGAAGCUAAGGAUUGCUAUCCACAGAAAUGCAAAGCUCUAAAUGAGGAGUACGUCUGCCGCUACGGCUGUGAGCUUCGCUGCGACACCCGCGCCUGUAAACGACCAAGGACUUGUGUGCUGGGCUGCCACUGCAAGAUAGGGCUCCUAAGAGACACCGCCACCGGAGUUUGUGUCACCAGGGACAAAUGUAGCAACAACAUUGACAGGACCAAUAGGACUGUUGAUUUUAAGAAUUAAUGUAACAUUAUCGAGUUUUUUUAAGUAUAACAUUCUCACCUUACGUUUAUUGCAAAGACGCUUAUGUUAUGUAGCUUAUCAUAUUUGAAUCAAUAACAGGAGGCCUAGUUAACCCGCCCCCCUUCCCCAGUCCCUGAGUACCCAAGAAUCUUCAAAUUCCUAAUUCCCAAAAGGUCGGUAACGCCGAAUGUCGCCGCUGUAACGGUUCACCGAAAACACUCUUCAACGACGAUUGGUUAAACGAACGAAUUCGCCGAUAGCAUUCAGUAUACGCUAACUAUUAUAUUUUACAAUUAUGUGCAAUGCAGCUAAACAAUACUUGAGUCCCAUGUUUAAUUUUAUCAGCAUUGAUGAAUAAAUAAAUACCGGGGGAUUCCAGUAUUAAAAAUAAGUCCCUAAAUCACUCAUUAACAAUGGUACUGAGAUUACCAUUGAGGAGUUAGAGUUGCCAAAGUGCCAAUGGACAUUGGCGACGUUGAUUGCUCACCAAUAGGGCCCAGUUCAUCCCUUACCCAAUGAAAAAAUUACACAUUAGUAUGUUUUUGUCAGUUUUUUCCACUGUCAAACACCGAGCGGUCACCGGUGACCGCAACCUAUUAUUCUUUAAUUGUGUCUAUAAUGACGGUACUCAACGAGUUAAAGCAAUCUUUGUAUGUUUCAAAGUUACUCUAAUUCUUACCGUUUAAGUAAAAAUUGUGACGUUUAGGUAAUGUCCUUCAUAUCAUUUGCCAUUCUUCAUCCUUUACUUUUUACCUAUCAUUAAAAAGUAACAAGAUCUGCAUAUACUUAGUAUUUACUUAUAAUACAUCUAUUUAAUUAAGAACUGCUAGACAAAUUUGGAUCAAAUUCGGCAGGAUUCCUUUUUAAAAGGGCGGCAACGCACCUGUGACUCCUUAUAUAGGUGUUACGGGUGUCCAUGGGCGCGGGCGGCGCUGAUCGCUUACCAUUAGGUGAUCCGUCUCCUCGUUUGCCUCCUAUUUCAUAAAAAAGGAUAAGAAUUAAGAACCUGAUCACAACAUUUCUAUAUAUAAACUGUCAAACACUGAGCGGUCGCCGGUUCGGCCUGUUGUUCUUUGAUUGUGUCUAUAAUGACGGUGCUCGACGAGUUAAGUACUUAUCAAAUCAAGUAAUUACAUUAAUUAGUAAGUAGGUAUUACGUAAUGCAAGUAAAAAAGUGAGUUUUGUGUUAAUUUUAUUUGUCAGUAUGAAAUGUAUAUGUAAUUAUGUAUGUAGGUAUGUUUGUAAAGUAAUUCUGGUUGUGUAUUGUAUUUUUUAAGAUGUAAUUUUUUCUCUAUAAGUUUAGUUCAACAAUCAAUUAAGUAUAAGAGAAAGAAAUAGGUAUAUAGUAUAACAUACCGUCACGCCUUUUAUCCCCAAUUGGGUAGGCUAUUAAAAUUUGCAUUACUUAUUAUGGCACUUAAUGCCACUGUGCAAUGUAAAACCCAUUUUUCACUUUUCAUGUUAUGA